AUGGUUUGUAAAAAUAACAAAGUCAAUUAUUACGAUGUAUUAAAUAUUCAACAAGAUGCAAAAAGUCAUGAUAUACGACGUAAAUACAAAGAAUUGGCUCUUUUAUGGCAUCCUGACCGUAAUAAAACGUCAAAUGCUGAAGAAAAAUUUAAACUUAUUAAACAAGCAUAUGAAAUUCUCAGUGAUGAACAGAAACGAAAAGAAUAUGAUGAAGAACAAUUAAGACAAAAAAAUGUAGCAUCAACUCAUUGUACAACAUCUACAACAGGAGGUAGAGAUAUUGGGAUUUUACGGUUUGUUCAUACCUCUUAUUAUACAAAAUUCUUUUUUUUAGAAUCAACCGGUAUUUAUUCAGAUGAUUUUACUCAAUAUUUUCAACCAGUUCAUCCCACAGAUAUUGUUAUUGAUUUUCCACUUUUUAGUCCUCAAAUAUUUGAUAAUAUAUUUCCACUUAACGAAUUUAAUUUAUUUAAUGAUAUUAAACUUUGUGGAGAAACCUAUUUUGUACCAGAAAUGUCCAAAAGUAUCACACGUGAAAUUUUUUCUCGUCUAUUGUCAAAUUUUCCCAAUUUUACAUCAAAAAAUCAUCAUUUUCAACAACAACAAUCAUCAAAUAAUCGUAAGUUUUCAGAUCGAAUAAAUAAAAUGCCAAAAGAAAAACAUUUAAAAUCGCAUCCAUUGUUCCCCGAUCCAAUUUAUAGAGAGUCUAAAAAUAAUCAGUAUUCAAACAAUCAUCAUCAAUAUCAUCAUCGUCAUUCAAAACCGACAUCAUCCGCAUCUGUCUAUCAAUCACCAUCGAUUCAAUUUUUUGAUCUUCCACUCGUUUUUCCUGAAAAUUUUUUCGAUGAAAAAAUGCAAUUAAAUGAAGAAAAUAAUUUGUUUAAAGUUGAUCCCUACAAUUUCUUUAAUUCAAAUGAUCUUAUUCAAUCCACUAUUUAUCCUUCGCAACUAAUUUUUGAACAACAAAACUUUUCAACAACUGAUUCAUUUUUUGAUGAUCUGUCAAGUUGUACUGUCUGUCGAAAACGAAUUUCAAAUCGUACAAAACUUUUACAACAUGAAACAGCAUGUAAACAAAAACAUCAACAGUUUUCGAAACAAAAACACAUAUUUAAAUGA